UGGGAUUUCCUGGCGGCUUCCUAGCUUUACGAUGACAACAACUAUGGCGGCGUCCAGUGGUAGAUUUGAAAGUGCGAAGAGUAUCGAAGAGCGUAAAGAGCAAAUCCGAACUGCCAGGGCUGAGAUCUUGCGUCAGGCCAAAGCCAAUUUUGAAAAAGAAGAAAGACAUAAAGAAAUUAAGCGACUUCGGGGCGAUGAUACAUGGAUGCUACCUGAUGUGAAUGAGAGAAUUGAACAAUUCUCACAGGAACAUUCUGUGAAGAAAAAGAAGAAAAAAGACAAGCAUUCCAAAAAAGCAAAGAAAGAGAAGAAAAAAAAGAGUAAGAGACAAAAAUAUGAGAAAAACAAUGAGUCCUCUGAUAGUUCAUCGAGCUCUGAAGAUGAGUGGGUUGAGGCUGUUCCAUCCCAGACUUCUGGCAAGGAAAAGGCCUGGAAAGUGAAAGAUGAAAACUCUGGAAAGGAAGAAGACAGUCAAGUUAUUCAGAGGGAUGAGUGGAUGACUGUUGAUUUUAUGUCUGUUAAAACUGUGUCGUCAUCAUCACUCAAAGCUGAAAAGGAAACUAUAAAGAAAAUAGAGCAAGCAAAAACCCAAGCACUGGAACAGUCCAAACUGCUGGAAAGAGAACUGAAUCCAUAUUGGAAGGAUGGUGGGACAGGUCUUCCAUCAGAAGAUUGUAGUGUGUCAUCAGUUACUAAAGCUUCAGGAGUGGAGGAUGGUGGAUUAAGCUGGCUAAAGAAGUCUUAUCAAAGAAUGAAGGAACAAGCUGAAAAACAAAAUAAAAAAUUUGAGGAUAUUGUAGCUGAAAGAUAUGGGUCAAUGGAAUUAUUUCAGUCAAAAUUAGAAGAAGCUGAAAAAACUGCCUCCAAAAAAGAAGAUUCUAGACGAGAACGGUGGAGGAAGCCCACAUAUUCAGAUAAAGCACAAAAUAGUCAAGAAAAUAAAAAAUUAGACUUAAUUAAAUACAAUAAAAGUUCAAGGGAUAGCUAUGGUACAACAGAGAUCACAAACAAUAACAAUAAAGAUAAAUUCAGUGGGGAUGAAAAAGAUGAGAGAUCUGGGUCUUUAGAAACAUGUAGAAGAGAAUACAACCCAAGGCAAAACCAAGAGCUCUCUUCUGGAAAUUUGAGACCUAAAUUUUUAAGACCCACUGAUGAUGAAGAACUGUCAUGUCUCAGCAAGGGACGAAAUUUUGAACCAUCUAGUUCAUCUUUAGCGUUAGUGACUCAGGGUGCUUUGCAUUGUGGUUUUCAAAAACCCACAGAGAACAGUGAAGAAAGUUUAACAUCAUGGAGAUCAUCUUAUGGGAGAAAAGAAGAGAAGAAAUAUUCAAAUCAAAAGGCAUUGGAAACUAGUAGCAGCAUUGACUAUCAACACGUUUCAGGAGACACGAGAGAAAAAUCACAGACUGAGAGCUUGAGUGAUGACCCUCCAAUGAGAAAAAAUUUGCAGGAUACAAAGGCUACAUAUGCUGGUCCGAAGGAUGAGUCCAUCCACAUCCUGAGUAUGGAUGAGAAGAACAAGUUGGGUGCCAGAAUUAUCAAGGCAGAGAUGAUGGGGAAUUUGGAAUUAGCUGAACAACUUAAAGCCCAACUUGAAAAGGCAAAUAAAUUCAAAGAAACUGAAACACAGAUAUCAUUAAAAAAAUCUGGGGUAGAGAAUGAAGAGCAAGAAGUGAUCCUUGUUAGAACAGAUGAUUCUGGAAGAGUGUGGCCUGUGAACACACCAGGAGAAUCUCUGGAAUCAAAAGCAGGAAGAAGGAAGAGACAGAAGGUUUUUACUCAUGAGGAAAAAGAAAGGGUUCGAUAUUUUCCUGAUGAUGAUCAUCUCAGUCUGAAUGACUUAGUCAAAAAUGAAAAGAUGGGAACAGUAGAAAAUCAAAACAAACUUUUUAUGAAAAUGGCAUCUAAGUUUAUGGGAAAAACUGAUGGAGAUUAUUAUACUCUGGACGACAUGUUUGUCUCCAAAGCAGCUGAGAGACAGCAUCUUGGCGAAGAGGAAGAGAACCAGAGGAAAAGGGCUAUUGCUGAGCAUCAGAGUCUUGCUGCACAAAUGGAAAAAUGUCUUUAUUGUUUUGACAGCUCUCAAUUUCCUAAGCACCUUAUUGUUGCAAUAGGUAUUAAGGUUUAUUUAUGUUUACCCAACUUCCAGUCUCUUACUGAGGGUCACUGCUUGAUAGUCCCUUUGCAGCAUCAUCGAGCAGCUACCUUAUUGGAUGAGGAUAUCUGGGAAGAAAUUCAGAUGUUUAGGAAAUCGUUGGUAAAGAUGUUUGAAUGUAAAGAAUUGGACUGCAUUUUUUUAGAAACAAAUAUGAGCAUGAAGAAACAGUAUCACAUGGUUUAUGAAUGUAUUCCUCUCCCCAAGGAAGUGGGUGAUAUGGCUCCCAUUUAUUUUAAGAAAGCCAUAAUGGAAUCUGAUGAAGAGUGGUCCAUGAACAAGAAGUUGAUUGAUCUGUCUUUAAAAGAUAUCAGAAAGUCUGUACCCAGAGGCUUACCUUACUUCUCUGUGGACUUUGGCCUCCAAGGAGGGUUUGCCCAUGUCAUUGAAGAUCAACACAAAUUCCCUCAUUACUUUGGAAAGGAAAUCAUUGGUGGGAUGCUGGAUCUAGAUCCAAGACUUUGGAGGAAAGGGAUCCGAGAAAGCUUUGAAGACCAGAGGAAGAAAGCAUUGCAGUUUGCUCAGUGGUGGAAACCAUAUGACUUCACCAAAAGUAAAACAUGCUGAAGUGUACCUCUCUUUUUUAAUUUCCUCUUCAGAAUCCAUUUAAUUUCUAUUUCCAUUGCGUCUAACUGACAACGGAGCCUCAGGUCAUAAGGAAAAAGCAGAAGGAGCAGACUGCUCUGGGUCUGUGACAACUGUGCACUGUUGGAUUGUGUUGUUUUCUCCCAUAUUUGCUUCUGGGGAAUUCAUUGUCAUGACUGUGGAUUAAGAACUGAUGUAUUGGAUCACCUGCUCACAUUCCUGCCCUGUACCCAUUUCUUGGUGUUCUGAAUUAUUCACUUAUCUGAGAAGUUUUUUUUCUUAAGAAAUAGAUAGGAAAUAUAGCAAAUCCUUGAUUUAGAGGAAAGUGAAUGUGCUUUAAGGCAAAGUCUGUUGGUUGGCUUAUUUUGUAAUUUUUAGACUAAGAUUUGAUGUAUUCAGUAAUAAUCAAAAUUUAUUUUCAUAAAAUUUUAUAGAAGAACUCUUAAUUUUCUACCAGUAGCAAAUAGUAUUGCUAUUAUUCUCUGUAUUAAAGGAAGAAUAUCCCAAAGUGUUAAAUAUUAAAUGAUAAUGAAAGUAUAACAUUCACAAUUCAAAUGUUUCUGGAUUUUAAAAUAGUUUCUGAAUUUUGGUGAUUUUAAAGGUAAUGGUUUUAAAUACCAUAAUUUAUAGUUGUUUGGUAUUUGUACAGAAGAUACUGUUUUUAGCCAAAUCAUUUUUUGGGGAUUAUAUUGAUUAUUACAAAAUCUUAAAUAAUGAUAGCAUUGUAAAAUGCCAGGAGCACAUUUUGUUGUAUCUUACUUGAUCAAGUCCACUUAAUUUUUAUUGUUCUAAACACACUUGGURUUAAGAGAAAACCUGUAUGAACAAAAUAUGGGAUUUUGUUAUGAGUGGACCUACUUUUAUAUAUCUAUAUAUGGAAGAUACUGUUGUGYAGUAACUCUUUUUCAAACAUGUUGGUUUUUGGAAAUUGAACCUUGACAUUUUGUCAUGAAAUGUUGAAUACCUGGAAUCAGUGCGAAGCAUACUUCAGAGUAAAUCACAUUUAUUUUUAAUAUUGGCAUCCCAUUAUUUUGUUUAUAUAUUAAAAAGGGAAAACAUUUUGUAUUCCUUUUUUAUUUCACAAAUGGGUUAAAAUKUGAUGGUUUUAGUUUUUCACUACUUCUAAAUUGAAUUUAAGUGUAUGUGUGUGUUAUCAAAUACAUGCUUACCAGUAUUGCAUUAUUGCUGUUUUCUAACUUGGCUUCAUCCUGAAGUCCUGAAGGAAUCUCUUAAUAUUCAUUUAUUUAAUCAGUGAGUUACCAAACAUUUCGUUGUAGAUUACUGUUUUAUAUCUGGUUUUGCAAAAAUUAAAAGUACUUCUUCCACCUUAAAUUAUCUUACAUUUUAGGGGAGAAAGAGACUUAUACAUAAUUAUAGCACAAUAUGAUAAAUUCUAAAAUGAGAUAUAUGCCAAAUAUAUUUACAUAUAGUGCUAUAAAGUACUUCUUUUUACAUACCUGAUUUUCAUUUUCAGCUUAAGACCUUGCUGUUUCACUGAGAGAAAUAGAAGCAAAUAGUGUCCUGUAUUUAUAGCCAUGUACUCUACUUUUCCUCUUGGUGACUAGAAAGUGUCUUGUUGUUCUUGAGCCAGUCCACUUGUUUAUGAACUGGAUUUCAUCUCUUUCCAUCUUUUUAAUCCCCAGUUCUCUCUAUUUUCAGUUUUUUUCUACUCUUUACAGGGUUAUUAGCAUACAAAAACUUUCUAUUCUAUAUCAACAAACAACCCUGGCAUCAUAUUCCCACUAGCCAUUUCUGUAGUUGAUAACAAAAUAUAUGUCUGAGAAGUCUGUUUUAUCUCCUUUACCCUUUUUCUGUUUUCAUUACAGACUUCAUCUUUAUUUAUGCUAUCAGACUUCAGGUGAAGGUCAUCAGUGACUUUCCUCAUUAGCAAAUCUAGCAAUGAAUGCUCAGGGCUCAUCUUACUAAACCUGUCAGCACACCGAUGACAUACUUGAUCAUUUU